UUCAUUGUUUUGUUCUGCACGUUGCGUACAUGUUGAACUGGGAUUUGAGCAUUUGAUCACCGCGGAGCACUUCAGUAAAUUAUCUGGCUACAUUGUAACUUGUAACCUUUUAUAAAAUAAUUCUUCCUGAGACGACGCGUGGCUUGAUGGACUAGUUUGAACCAUCAAAUUGUGUUAAUAUCUGCAUUUCACGACCGCUGCUGUAGCCUACAGAAAUACAUAACUGUCAGCAAUUCUACAACAUACGGAAGUAUUAAAAAUACGAGCAGUGCAGGCUACGGUAGGAGGAGUGUUUUGGCCAGCCAUGCCUGUUGCCGUGGCAGCAGCAGCAAGACACGAAGUGUGUGUGUGAGUACGCACAGUCCGGUGGUUUCCGCGGGGAUGAACAUGCCACUGCACCAGAUCUCUGUCAUCCCCCGUGAUGUCCCUUCCUCCCGGGUCAGCAGCAGCGGAAAGGCCAAGGACAAAGACAAACAGAAUGAGAAGCCCCUCGGUCAUUCUGCUAGCAGGUCCAGCAAUAUUUCCAAGGCGGGGAGCCCCACCUCCGUCAACGCCCCCUGCAACUUCUCACGAACGUCGGUCACCCCCUCCAACCAGGACAUCUGCAGCCUUACCGUCACAUCUCCAGACCAGUGCUCCCAGAAGCCUUUGCAGACCGCCGUGGUUCUAUUGAACUCAAACGGCAAAACCUCUCAAGGGUCAGGAGGAGACAUCUCCAUGACAACGCUCUGCCUGGACGCACCCCCAGCCUUCAAGCCCCCCAAAGCCCGGGGCGGGGUCUCAUUCGGAACGGAAUGGUUUUCAUUGCUCCGUCCCUCCACAGUCAAUGGGACACUGAAGUUUUCUCACUCUCUGAACGAUGUUGGCCAGCGCAUGGAUAGUCUCUGUAGUGGACUGCACUUCAUAGACCGGACGUGUUCUGAAGGAGAGCUGGAGGUUAAACCCGAACCACCCAACACGGACCGUAAAUCCAAGGCACUCAACGGCAAAGCAGCCACACUCCCACACCAGGCCUCAAACCUACCUUCGUUCCCCACGCACACACACACCCACACACACCCUCACCUUGUCCCCUCGUUCACCAACAACUACAAAUACCUCAACCCCCAACACUGCCUCCAACCUCCCUCUACCGGCGUCCCCCCUCCUCCUCCUCCUAACUCCCAGCUCCACCCUCCCAGCUCCAACCUCCUCCGCCUCUUCCUCCCUUUCUCUCGCUCCUCUACUUCGGCCAGUCUCCAGUGUUCUGAGCUGGGGAGCUACGAUUCCCGCCUCCACAUCGCCAAAUCCUUCAGCGCCCUGAUGGGGGGCAGUGAGCCUCCCCUGGGGGGAGCAGAGGACCUCUUGGGGGAUGAUGAGGUGUUCGAGGUCCCCAAGGGAAGGCCCGGGGCUUGGACAGGGGCUGGAAUCCCAGGAAGAGAUGCUGGAGGCGGGGUAGCGGCUCUCCUCGGGGAAGCCCCCCUCUGCUACAUGGACGAAGACAGCGAUCUGGACCAGUUUUCGUUUCUGGACCAGUGUUCGUCACCCACCCACUCAGAGAAAACAGGGCCGCUCACGCCAGGCCCGCUCUCUCCCUAUUCGCUGUCCGGAGACUGCUGCAGGAUCUGUCACUGUGAAGGAGAUGAGGAGAGCCCGUUGAUAACACCGUGCCACUGUACGGGCAGCCUGCGUUUCGUCCACCAGGCGUGCCUGCAGCAGUGGAUCAAGUCCUCAGACACACGCUGCUGUGAACUCUGCAAGUACCAGUUCAUCAUGCAGACCAAGCUGAAACCCCUGCGUAAGUGGGAGAAGCUCCAGAUGACGUCUAGUGAGAGGAGGAAGAUCAUUUGUUCUGUGACGUUCCAUGUCAUCGCCAUCACCUGCGUGGUGUGGUCCCUCUACGUGCUCAUCGACCGCACUGCAGACGAGAUCAGAGCAGCCGGAAGAAUCCCAGGUAUACUGGAGUGGCCAUUCUGGACCAAACUGGUGGUGGUAGCCAUCGGCUUCACUGGCGGCAUGGUCUUCAUGUACAUCCAGUGUAAAGUCUACAUCCAGCUGUGGCGAAGACUCAAGGCCUACAACCGGGUGAUCUACGUCCAGAAUCGCCCGGAGACGUGUAAAAAGCAGAUGUUGGAGAAGCCUCCUCUCAUGGAGCCCAAUGUGGAGCACAAGGAGGCUCUGGCCCCGACCCAGUCAGACACAAACUCCUCCCAGUACACAGAGACAGAAGACUACAGUAUGGAAGUGCUCCAUGUCUGACCCACAUAUACACACAUACAGGGACACACCAUGUCUGACCCACAUAUACACACAUACAGGGACACACCAUGUCUGACCCACAUAUACACACAUACAGGGACACACCAUGUCUGACCCACAUAUACACACAUACAGGGACACACCAUGUCUGACCCACAUAUACACACAUACAGGGACACACCAUGUCUGACCCACAUAUACACACAUACAGGGACACACCAUGUCUGACCCACAUAUACACACAUACAGGGACACACCAUGUCUGACCCACAUAUACACACAUACAGGGACACACCAUGUCUGACCCACAUAUACACACAUACAGGGACACACCAUGUCUGACCCACAUAUACACACAUACAGGGACACACCAUGUCUGACCCACAUAUACACACAUACAGGGACACACCAUGUCUGACCAACAUAUAAAGCAUUCAGAAAGUAUUUAGAUACCUUGACUUUUUCCACAUUUUUUUUACGUGACAUCCUUGUUCUAAAAUGGAUUACAUUGAUUUCCCCCUCAUCAAUCUACACACAAUACCAGAUAAUGACAAAGCAAAAUCAGGUUUUUAGACAUUUUUUCAAUUGUAUAUAAAACCCCCCAGAAAUAUCACAUUUACAUCAGUAUUCAGACCCUUAACUCAGUACUUUGUUGAUGUACCUUUUGCAGCGAUUACAGCCUUGAGUCUUGUUGGGUAUGAUGCUACAAGCUUGACACACCUGUAUUUGGGGAGUUUCUACCCUUCCUUUCUGUAGAUCCUUCAAGCUCUAUCAGGUUGGAUGGGAUGCGUCGCUGCACAGCUAUUUUCAGAUCUCCCCAGAGAUGUUUGAUCGGGUUGAAGUACGGGCUCUUACUGGGCCACUCAAUGAUAUUAAGAGACUUGUCCCGAAGCCACUCCUGCGUUGUCUUGGCUGUGUGCUUAGGGUCGUUGUCCUGUUGGAAGGUGAACCUUCGCCCCAGUCUGAGGUGCUGAGUGCUCUGGAGCAGGUUUUCAUCAAGGAUAUCUCUGUACCGUUCCGUUCAUAUUUCCCUCAUUCCUGACGGGUCUCGUCUGUCCCUGCCGCUGAAAAACAUCCCCACAGCAUGAUGCUGCCAUCACCAUGCUUCACCAUAGGGAUGGUGCCAGGUUUCCUCAAGAGUUCAAUCUUGGUUUCAUCAGACCAGAGAAUCUUGUUUCUUUUGGUCUGAGAGUCAUUUAGGUACCUUUUGGCAAACUUCAAGUGGGCUGUCAUGUGCCUUUUACUGAGGAGUGGCUUCCGUCUGGCCACUCUACCAUAAAGGCCUGAUUGGUGGAGUGCUGCAGAGAUGGUUCGUCCUUCUGGAAGGUUCUCCCAUCUACACAGAGGAACUCUGGAUCUCUGUCAGUGUGACCAUCGGGUUCUUGUUCACCUCCCUGACCAAGGCCCUUCUCCCCCGAUGCUUAGUUUGGCUGGGCGGCCAGCUCUAGGAAGAGUCUAGGUGGAUCCAAACUUCUUCCAUUUAAGAAUGAUGAAGGCUACUGUGUUCUUGGAGACCUUCAAUGCUGCAGACAUGUUUUGGUACCCUUCCCCAGAUCUGUGCCUCAACACAACCCUGUCUCAGAACUCUACGGACAAUUCCUUCGAACUCAUGGCUUGGUUUUUGCUAUGACAUACACUAUCAACUCUGUGUCCUUUUAUAAACCGGUUAUUUGACUUUACAAAUCAUGUCCAAUCAAUUGAAUUUACCACAAGUGGACUUCAUUCAAGUUGUAUAGACAGCUCAAGGAUGAUCAAUGGAAACAGGAUGCACCUGAGCUCAAUUUAGAGUCUCAUAGCAAAGGGUCAGAAUACUUAUGUAAAUAAGAUUUUUUUAAAUGUUUAAUACAUUUGCUAACAUUUCUAAAAACCCGUUUUCACUUUAUGGGGUAUUGUGUGUAGAUGAAUAAGAAUUAAAAUUUGUUUAAUUGAUUUACUAUCUCAUCUCUGUACCCAACACAUGCAAUUAUCUGUAAGGUCUCUGUCUAGCAUUUCAAACACCGAUUCAACCAUUUUACCUCAUAAAGAAGUUCACCAAUUGGCCAUUUAAAAAAAAUCAAAGCAGACAUUGAAUAUCCCUUUGAGCAUGGUGAAGUUAUGAAUUACACUUUUUAUGGUGUAUCAAUACACCCAGUCACUACAAAGUUAAAGGCGUCCUUUUUAACUCAGUUGCCUGAGAGGAAGGAAACCGCUCAGAGAUUUCACCAUGAGGCCAAUGGUGACUUUAAAAAAGUUACAGAGUUUAAUGGCUGUGACAGGAGAAAACAUGGAUCAACAACAUUGUAGUUACUCCACAAUACUUACCUGAUUGACAGAGCAAAAAGAAAGAAGCCUGUACAGUAUAAUAAAAUAUUCCAUAACAUGCUGUUUGCAACAAGGUACUAACUAAAGUAAUAUUGCAGAAAAUGUGGCAGAGCAAUUAACUUUUUGUCCUGAAUACAAAAUGUUAUGUUUGGGGCAAAUCCAAUACAACACAUUACUGAGUACCACUCUUCAUAUUUUCAAGCAUAGUGGUGGCUGCAUCAUGUUAUGGGUAUUCUUGUUAUCGUUAAGGAUGGGGAGUUUUACAGGAUAAAAAACAAUGGAAUGGAGAUAAGCACAGGCAAAAUCCUAGAGAAAAAUCUGGGAUGGUCUGCUUUCCACCAGACACUGGGAGAUGAAUUCACCUUUCAGCAGGACAAUAACCUAAAACACAAGGCCAAACCUACACUGGAGUUGCUUACCAAGAUGACAGUGAAUGUUCCUGAGUGGCUGAGUUACAGUUCUGACUUAUAUCCACUUUAAAAUCUAUGGCAUGAUCUUAAAAUGGUUGUCUAGCAAUGAUCAACAACCAAUUUGACAGAGCUUGAUACAUUUUUAAAAAUAGAAAUGGGCAAAUGUUUCACAAUCCAGGUGUGGAAAGCUCUUAGAGACUUACAUAGAAGACUCACAGCUGUAAUCACUGCCAAAGGUGCUUCUACAAAGUAUUGACUCAGGGGUGUGAAUAGUUAUGUAAAUGGAGGAUUUCUGUAUUUCAUGUUUUCGAUUUGUCAUUAUGGGGUAUUGUGUGUAGAUGGGUGAGAAAAAAAACAUAUUUAAUGCAUUAUGAAUUCAGGCUGUAACAAAAUGUGGAAUAAGCCAAGAGAUAUGAAUACUGACACACAGGGAUACACCAUCUCUGACCUACGUAUACACAUGAAAAGGGACACAUCAUGUCUGACCAACGUAUAUAAACAUACACAUGAACGCCACAGGAGGAUGGUGGCACCUUAAUUGGGGAGGACAGGCUUGUGUUAAUGGCUGGAGUGGAAUCAUUUGAAUGGUAUCAAACACAUGGUAUGUGGUUCUCCUGAGGUGUGACCAUCCCACCCUGACCCCACCGUCUCCACACCGUCUAAGACAGGACUACGGACCAACAACCCUCCUUCUUUUUCCCAGGACUUUUUCCACUGGGGCCCGAUGAGCCCAUAGACACCUCUCUCUCUCUCUCUCUCUCUCUCUCUCUCUGUCUCUCUGUCUCUCUGUCUCUCUCUCUCUCUCUCUCUCUUUCUCUUUCUCUUUCUCUUUCUCUUUCUCUUUCUCUUUCUCUCUCUCUCUCUAUAUAUAUAUAUAUAUAUAUACAUACAUACAUACACACACACACACACACACACACACACACACACACACACACACACACACACACACACACACACACACACACAGAGUCAGAUGAACUUACUCUGCUUCAGAGGUUUCAGUGUUUCUGUUUCGUUGUUUGUUUGUUAGCUUGUAUGUUUGUUUUAUUGGUUGUACUUCCUGUGAGUCGUGGGCUAAAGCGCCGCCGGAUCUCUGGAACGUUCUAGAACACUUUGGAACAUUUUGGAACAUUGAACAUUCCAACUACUGCCACCAUACCGCUGACAGCAGAGAGCCCGCUAAGGUCUACAUGCCCGCCCCACUGGGUUUGGGUCUGUACUGGUCUGGACCAGAUCAGACCGGAUCGUACUGGAUUGUAUCGGAUCUGACCAUGCAUUGAAGCACUUUUUAGUUCCCACCAACAUCCCUCUCAACCCUUUUCUCUUUUAAUAUGAGUGAAGUUCUUUAUAGUAUAUCCCAGCAAACAGAGGACAUCUCUAGGACAUUAAGCGAUGUUCCCAUUAGGUUCUUUUUAGGGUUUCAGCAAGACGUUAUCCAUAAGGGGACAUCAGUGCAGGUCCCGGUUUGGUCGCAGUGUAACGUUAUAGUACAUUUUUUUAUGUCCACUAGGGAACUUUAUGAACAGGUUCCUGUUUGGUUCUGGCAACCGGGAACUAAACAAAACCUCCACAGGAUCAUGACGCUAUGUCUUGACGACCAUGUCGUGAUGUUCCCGGGAAGUCCUAAGGACACAUUUUUGUUUGCAGUAUAAAUGUGGGAAAUUAUACAGACACAAAAACAGGAAGAUUUAUGGAAAAAUCUUUUGUUUUACAUUUGAUAUUUCUGUCCAACACACAGACACAUACACACCUGCCCUCCCUUGGAUGACAAAAAAGGAAUCGAGAAAAGCAAUGAAUGAUGGGGGGAAUGGAAUUUUGCCAAAAUGAUCGUUUCCCUUUUCAUCUAGAAAAACAAACACUGAAAGUCAUUGCUAUAUAUGGCCUACUGGUUAUUCAAGCUCUGGGGUUUUUACAUCUUGUUUGGGUUGGGUUGGUACAAUAUUGAUACAGCGUUGAUACAACCAAAACACAGCAUUGGAAUAACAUCAGAUCCAGCCAUCCACCUGACAUUACCUCCUUCUACCAUUGGAACUCUUUAAAGGCUCUGAGAAGAAUGUAACGUUUUUUUAAACCAUUUUCUACCAACCAUUCAGUCACAGGAAAUUGCUAGAUAAUCUCCCAUGUCAGUCAUCAUCUUAACAUGACCUUUGGAAAACCAACCAAUCAGUCAUGUUUUUUCUAUUGUGUGAAUUAUACAGUACUUCUGGUAUUCCAUGUGCAGUUUGUAAUAAUAAUCUGUUGUUAAUUAUGUUGGUGUAAUCAUGGGUUUUAUGAUGCCUUGAGGAAGCUACAGCUUGCUAUAUUUAGACUGUUAUCUCAUCCUGUCAUCCUCCUCUCCUCUCUUCCCAAGGCAGUUUAUAGUGGGCCAAUUGACUUCUCUGAUCACACUGAUAAUGAUAAUGUAGAUGGAUAAUGCAGAUGGCAUUAUUAAAAUCCUAAUUUACACAAGAUUAUAUUAAUUUGAUCACUGGCUGUUUAUUUCCUCCAAUGAGAGGUCCAGAGGCAGAAGGCACGGAGUACAGGGCCUAUUAUUAUGAGACAACCAAUCACCAUCAUCUACCAUCCCCUGACCAGCUCCCUCACCUCAAGCCAUGAACUGACCCUCUCUAUCUUCAGAGGAUACAGCUUUCAAAAACAUUGCCUCUAUUGGUUGACAUGGCCUCUAUUGGUUGACAUGGCCUCUACUGGUUGACCUGUUCUCUACUGGUUGACCUGGCCUCUACUGGUUGACCUGGUCUCUACUGGUUGACCUGACCUCUACUGGUUGACCAGGCCUCUAUUGGUUGACCUGGCCUCUAUUGUUUGACCUGGCCUCUAUUGGUUGACCUGCCCUCUAUUGUUUGACCUGGUCUCUACUGCUUUACCUGGCCUCUACUGGUUGACCUGGACUCUAUUGGUUGACCUGGACUCUACUGGUUGACCUGCCAUGGUAUAUAGGGGUGGCAGGGUAGCCUAGUGGUUAGAGUGUUGGACUAUUAACCGAAAGGUUGCAAGUUCGAAUCCCGAGCUGACAAGGUACAAAUCUGUCGUUCUGCCCCUGAACAGGCAGUUAACCCACUGUUCCUAGGCCGUCAUUGAAAAUAAGAAUUUGUUCUUAACUGACUUGCCUAGUAAAAUUAAAAAAUAGCUUGUUUGUUUUUCGCUCUAUGAUUCUAUGAAAAGAGCUAUAGAAAUGUAAUAAAUUAUUAUUAAUGCUGAUCCUAUUUUUACUAUGGUGAUGAGUGUGAGUAGGUUAUACUGUAGCCUAGUUGUACACAUACAGUGGGGCAAAAAAGUAAUUAGUCAGCCACCAAUUGUGCAAGUUCUCCCACUUAAAAAUAUGAGAGAGGCCUGUACUUUUCAUCAUAGGUACACUUCAACUAUGACAGACAAAAUUAGAUUUUUUUUCUCCAGAAAAUCACAUUGGAGGAUUUUUAAUGAAUUUAUUUGGAAAUGAUGGUGGAAGCCACUCCUGCUGUACAGUCAGUUAUUGAGACUCCGGUGUGAGAGAGAGACAAACACCUGAUACAGAGACCUGCAACACAACAGAGUUUUCAGUCGAGCUAAAGUCUCUAUUGCACAGUCAGACAACCUUCCCUUUCUAAGUUACAAUGAUCAGUCCCUAACCCACCUGUUGUUUGACUAAUCAUUAUUCGAUUUAACUUGAUGUAUCGUUCUUUCUCACAUCUGGCAUAAUGAGGCUUUGAUUAGACACAUUUAUACAUUUUUCGAUUUCAUUUUUCCAAAAGUAAUGUCUGAUGCUUCUCUCCAGUAAAGUUGCCAUAUGUUGACAACAGAGACACUUGUUUCACGGAGCCAAAACCUUACGUUGUCAUCAAUGAUAUCAGGCAAAUGUAACUUGGUAAGAGUCUAAUAUAGUGUCAAAUUCAAUCUGCGCAGAAUUGCAAGAACAUGAUUUCUUGACAUAAUUACAAUACUAAAAUCUAAAUGCUGAGCAGUGACAGAACAUGAACGUGUACAAUUGGAACUGUCAGCAGAGCAGUUUGGCAGUGAGGAGCUGACUAGGUCACCAUCUAGUGUUUGGAGUAGGGAAGUGCAGUCUGAACACGGGUGUGGUGGUUUCCUCAAGGCAACACUGUGUUUUGGGCCUACAAUCUGUUGUAAGUGCUUUUGUAUCUGUGGGAGAACAGCAAUGCCAGGGUCUCUGACCUUUUACAACCAUUCCAGCAAACACACAUUUUUAUCAACAGUGUAUUUGAUACUAGUGUAAACAUACACACGACAACAACAGAGGUCCAACCAUGACACUUGUACAAUGACGACAGACAAAACCAAAAUCAGCAUUCUUCUUUCAACAUCUGAUUUCCUGUCAUGUAAAGCCCCAUUGUAUUCUGGGAUUUGGUGUCUUAAUUUGUAUAGAAAUUGGGAUUAGAGUUGUGGGUGACAGGUAGCAUAGCGGCUAGAGCGUUGGGCCAGCAACUGAAAGGUUGCUGGUUAGAAUACCUGAACCGACAAGGGGAAAAAUCUGUAUGUGUCCUUGAGCAAGUCACUUAACCCUAAUUAGCUCCAGGGACGCUGUACUACUAUGACUGACCCUGUAAAACAACACAUUUCACUGCACCUAUCUGGUGUAUGACAAUGAAACAUGUUUUUUUGUAUUUGAGAAUCAUGUUUGGUUAUAAAGGGCCUCAUGCUUUCUCAGAACCACACACAGAUAUGUACAGUACGGUGUACAUUUUAGGACGCCCUCACACAGUCCUCUGUACGGUGUACAUUUUAGGACGCCCUCACACAGUCCUCUGUACGGUGUACAUUUUAGGACGCCCUCACACAGUCCUCUGUACGGUGUACAUUUUAGGACGCCCUCACACAGUCCUCUGUACGGUGUACAUUUUAGGACGCCCUCACACAGUCCUCUGUACGGUGUACAUUUUAGGACACCCUCACACAGUCCUCUGUACGGUGUACAUUUUAGGACACCCUCACACAGUCCCCAAGAUGCUCUUUACGAUAAGACAGAAAAAGUGCAAUUACCUUAGCUGACCUGGUCAAUUCUCUAGUACUGUCGCUCUCAUCCAGAGGUUGACUCUCUGGAGACAUGAUGAUUAUUUCUACAUUUUCUGUGUGGUAUUUAUUUAUUUUUAAGAAAAAUAUUUGUUUGCAUCAAAAGAGACCCCUUCAAAUUGUGAUUUUAUUCAGCUAAUACUAGCAGUACCCAACUCCAGUUGAGCUUUCCUUCUGGAAACCAAUUCCACCUCUGUGUGUUCUCCUGUACAUGACUUUUUCACACUGUUUUAGUUAUUGAAAAUAAGAAUUUGUUCUUAACUGACUUGCCUGGUUAAAUAAAGGUAAAAUAAAAUAAAAAAUUGUUGGGUUCAAGACUCUUUGAAAGGGAGUGGUAAUACACUGAUGCCAGGCUUAAAGGGUAUUGUUGGGUUCAAGACUCUUUGAAAGGGAGUGGUAAUACACUGAUGCCAGGCUUAAAGUAAACCACACUGUGCUUGGCGUUUAAAGGACAUUUACUCUUAAGUCGACGUCUAUAGUUCUACCCUCCAUAGGUUAUUCAACCUGCAUUUACAACCACUGCUUUUACCCGAUCAAUACAAUGGAUACAAAUGAUACAGCCGUUUAUUUUAGUCAGAGAAUUAUUGAGAUUUUCAAAUAUUAACAUUUACAUGAUUGAUAAAUGAAUUGAAAUGAUAGAUUUUAUGAUGAUGUAUAGCUGGCUCCUAUAAUUCUCUCUUUGAGAGAACAUACCUGUUGACUUGUUGAUGUUGACCUUUCAUGUUUCACCUCAGACUUUUAUGUACAGGGCUUUGCUUAUCUAUUUGAUGAGAACAGUUUUUACUGCCAAGCUCUAUAAUAACUUUGUAACGGCGCCCCUCCAUUUUCCCCAGCAUUUGCACAAUUCUGGCAACUUUCCCCAAAUUCCACAUGUCCCAGUUGCAAUAUUCACAGAUUUCUGGAAAACCUGACCAUUUUGGGAAAGUUCCUGGAAUACUGAAACCCCUAAACCAUACUGUGUAACGUUACUCUGGCAGAGGUCUGACUGUUCAUUCAAAGUCAUUUAACAUGUAAGAGAACACGCAUUUCUCCUGCUUAACAUAUGUAGCUUAAACAGCCAUUCAUUAAGGAAAGCCGUUCCGUCCCCCAUCAUCAGAAUGGUAACCCUUGUGCUGAGAAAGUGUUACUUGCAUAAAACUACAGUGCUUUACUACUGACUGGACUUGAACAUAAGACUGUUUCCCUCCUUCAUAUAUCAUUCCACAUGUUUGUCUGUGAGUUUACCUUUCAAUAGUAACUGUAUAGAAUUUUGGUAAGAAAAAAAUGACUUAUGUUUUAAAAAAAAAUAAUAAUAUUGAUGUGUUUUGAUUUGUUUCAUUUUGAAUAAAGUAUGUAGAUUUAAAAACCAACCAAAUAAAAAUGAAAACCUUUAAACGGUUUGUUAUUAUGAA